UGUGUGGGCAUUGAAAGACGAGUAGAAUUCCAGCAGCAUCUACUGGGAACAGCCGCCUGCAAGAAGUGAUGCCCUCCAUGAGAUCGAGGGCUCCUGGUGACCUCUUUCCCAAAAGAGAAGCAUCAGGAGGGCCCCAUCUGCUUAGCCAGCAGAUACACACAAUAUACCAAAGCAAAUGAGUCUGCUGGUCUGAGUGCCUGCCAAUCCAAGCCUGAGAAGAGCAUCAAGUUGCAUUGACCCACCUCCAGCAGGGGAACUUGGAGAGUAUAUAAAGCUGAAACCCCAGAUUUUGCUGUAGCUGGAAGCUCUCCCAACAUGGGCUGCCAAGCCCUCCUCCUUUGGCUGCUGUUCUUCCAUGCCAUUAUUCUACCUGAAGCAGUUUGUUAUAGGAGGGACGUGGGAGGAUCCAGAAGAAGGCUAUGGCGCAGACACGCUGAGAGAAGCACUGUCCGAGAUACACCUGUGACUGAGCAAGGUGAGUAUGAAAAUGAACCCCUGCAAACUUUUGAUCCUGAGAUCCUAACACCAUUUCCUGGUGAGGCUGAGUACUUAGAGCUUACCUCAGGUGAUGGAAAUUCAGCAAUCAUAUUAUCAGUUCUACCUGCUGCCAUCUCAACUCUACUCCCUCCUACAACUGCUGCACAUUCAACAUCGUCAGCAGAUAACGAAAAGUUACCAACUACCCUAGCAGUGCUACCUGUGGUCGACUCAGCAUCUGCCAGCCGCAGGGCCAGUGUGCCUGGGCCCAGUCCUUCAGUUGAGAUCACCUCAGAGACUUCAUUGACCACAACCCCUGUGUCCUCCACACCUUCAUCAACAGGUGCUGAUGGUUCUCCAGCCCCCUCCCCCACCACAGGGGCUCAAGUGGCUUCUACAUUGGACAUGCUCCCAGGUCAAGCACUGUCAUUAGCUGUGCCUACCUCAGAGCCCACUGUGCUUCCCCCAACUCCUCCUCCAACAGGUGCUGGAUUAUCUGCAACCACAGCCAUAACAGAGCCUGCAGCCCUGCCAUCCACAGCCAUGCCUCUGGCAGGUGCUGGCAAUUCACCAGGUCCCACUCCAUUCACAGAACCUGAAGCUGUCACUUCAUCAUACACACCAUCAGGUCAAGCACUGUUAUUAGCUGCGCCCACCACAAAGCCUGCUGUGCUUCUCUCAACCCUCUCUCUAACGGGUGAUGAAUUAUCUGCAACCAUAGCCACAACAGAGGCUGUGACCCUGACAUCCACACCCAUGCCCCCAGCAGAAAAAUCUCGGUGUGGUGGCAUUAUUACUAACUCAUCUGGAGCGAUUAGGAAUCCCCCACAGAAUGAAAUGCAUGACAAUAUCACUUGCGUGUGGGAAAUUAAGGCGAAUGCAUCUGAUCAUAUACUGCUGGCAUUUCCACAUCUUGAUCUCGACUGCACCAAUGAGUAUUUUGAAAUCCUGGAUGGUCCUCCAUCCUCAACAAAGUCAUUGGGAAAGACCUGCUCUGGCUUCCGCCCCACCUACGUCUCCUCCUCCAGCUCAAUGACCCUCGUGUAUUUCCGAAGCUUCAACAACCUAGGAAAAAACUUCAUUGCUUAUUAUUAUUCUGCAACCAAAGAGGCAAUGUUGCAGACCCCACAUCUAAUCACCACCCCAACAGCAACACCCAGGACAGUAAUAGCAAGAGCAGGGGAUUGGCCAGAGCUGCGGCUGGUGGGUGGCUCUGGCCGGUGCUCAGGACGCGUGGAGAUUCUCCACCAGGGCACCUGGGGCACUGUGUGUGAUGACCUGUGGGACCUGAAUGAAGCUGAGGUUGUGUGCCGGCAGCUUGGGUGUGGUCGAGCCAUGUCUGCCCUUGGGAAGGCCCACUUUGGCCCCGGCUCAGGAGACAUCUUCCUGGACAACCUCCAGUGCGCUGGUAUGGAGCGCUACCUGGGCCAGUGCGCACACUCGGGCUGGUCAGAGCACAACUGUGGCCACCACGAGGAUGCCAGUGUCAUCUGCUCAGAUGCUGAAGAAUCACUUGCUACCAGUCCAGAGGACUGGCCAGAGCUACAGCUGAUGGGCGGCUCAGGCCCGUGCUCGGGACGUGUGGAGAUUUUCCACCAGGGUGCCUGGGGCACCGUGUGCGAUGACUUGUGGGACCUCAAUGAAGCCGAGGUUGUGUGCCGGCAGCUCGGUUGUGGGCAGGCUGUUUCUAGCCCUGGCGAGGCCUACUUUGGCCCAGGCUCAGGAGACAUCUUCCUGGACAACCUCCAGUGCUCUGGGGUAGAGCACUACCUGGGCCAGUGUGCCCACUUGGGCUGGUCAGAACACAACUGUGGCCACCACGAGGAUGCCGGUGUCAUCUGCUCAGAUGCAGAAGACCUACCUCCAGCCACACCUCCAGGUUCUUCUGCAGCUUCUCAGGAUCACAUAAAAGGAGGAAGUAACCCUUGUGGAGGGGUCAUUUCUAGAUUCUCUGGCUCAUUUUCUAGUCCACAGUAUCCAGAAAACUACCCAACAGACAUCCAAUGUGUUUGGGAGAUCCACGUGGAUACAAAAUUUUGCAUAGAACUCAUAAUUCCAAGUUUGAAGCUGGAAGAUAUCCUUGGAUGUCCCUAUGACUCUGUUGAAAUCUUCGAUGGCCCCAGGAUUGCCUCACUCUCCAUGGGGAAGUUCUGUGCCCCUGCAACUGUGAUCUUCUUCUCCUCCUCACACAUCAUGACAGUGGUGUUCCAAAGUGAUUCUAUAAUAACCAACACUGGCUUUUACGCUCUUUUUAACGCCAUUCCUCAGGGUGAAAGGCAGUCAGAUGCUGGAGACUGGGCUCCAGUUGUGACUCCUGCACCCCCAGCUACCAUUCCUCCAGCCCCUAUACCACAAGGAGGAAGUAACUCUUGUGGAGGAGUAAUCUCAAGUCUGUCAGGUUCCUUCUCCAGCCCUUGGUACCCUAUAAACUACCCCACCAAUGUGGAGUGUGUCUGGGUGAUACACGUGGCUGAGAAAUUCCACAUAGAACUGAUGAUCCCAAGCCUGAAAUUAGAGGACAUCUAUGGGUGUCCUUACGACUUUAUUGAACUGUUCGAUGGACCACAGGCUGCCUCACUGUCCAUGGGCCGGUUUUGUGCUGGGGCAGAGCUCUCGUUUCUCUCUUCUUCAAACAUCAUGACUGCAGUGUUCAGAAGUGACCCCAUCAUCACCAACACAGGGUUUUAUGCUCUGUACAACACAGUUCAGCAAGAUGAAAGGGAGAGCGGUAUGUCCCUGCGAUUGGUGAAUGGCAGCCACAGGUGUGAGGGCCGGGUGGAGGUCUCCUACAAUGGCACCUGGGGCACGGUGUGUGAUGACAGCUGGGACCUGACGGAUGCCAGGGUGGUGUGCCAGCAACUCGGCUGUGGUGAGGCCCUGUCAGCCCUGUCUCAGAGCUACUUUGAUGGUGGCACUGGCCACAUCAUUCUGGAUGACGUGCAGUGCACAGGAAGUGAAGCCAAGGUGUGGCAAUGCAUGCACAAAGGGUGGUUCUCCCAUAACUGCGGACACCACGAAGAUGCUAGCGUCAUCUGCUCAGGUGUUGAUGGCAAACCAAACGUAGAACGAACAGGUAUGGCUUUUCUAUACAGUUCUACCUGUUGCCAGGUCCCUCACGUGGUGAAUCCUGGUGACACUUACAUCCUGAGGUUGGGACCCCAUCCAGUUAAAUUCUCUGUUGCUAAAUAAAAAGAGCAAUGCAGCCCAGUAGAGCUGACAAAAUGGUGAGGCCAUGGGACAGUCGAGGACAACGGAAUGGUAGGAGGGAGGGAGAGUUCAGAUUCAACAGGAAUGCAAUCCCUGGUCAUUCAGUAUCUGCUGUGAGGAGAGGGGUAACUGCUUGUAGGGAUGUUUACACUGUAGGAUGCUGGAGGGAAAAAAAAGACAUCCCAGGUCAGCCCUCAACAAGUUUAUCUAAUGACACUCAUCCAUGCAUGGAGUGUGCAAGUGUCUGAACCCUGGAGGAGCCAGAGGCAUCUCUGUCCCUUGAGCCACAGAGAAAUCACAGCUUUAUAGUGUCAGUGUUUCUGAGUAUUUUCAAGGAAC